GUGCAGGAUCCUUGGCCAAGCAGGGGACCUUUGAGCCUGCAGACCAGCUCUGAGGGGGUGUUGAGAAGGGCUACCUAAGACAGGUACCCCUGCUUUCUUGGCACAAAUCCCAUCACUGGUUGUACCUUCAUAUCUCAAGCCUAUCCAUCUGUCUGUCCACUGCCCAAGGGCUCUUGCCAGGCUCUGCCUCCCCACCCCACCCCCCAUCCAUAUGCUUCUGCUGAGACAAGACGCUCUGGGGACGGAGACCCUGCUGCAGGUCCCAUCACCACCCUGCAUGCCCCAGACCCUCCCAGUCCCCUGUUCCCACCCUCCUCCUCCUGCAGGAAGCUCCCUCUGGCCCCCUCCCUGCUGCAGCCCUGCAGAUGCCCUCCCCUCAACCGCCACCACUUACUGGUGUUGACUACUGGCCCUCCUCUGCAUUUGUGGAGUUCUGGGCCUGCUGGAGUCCCACAAGGUGGAAGCCACAUUCUUCCCAUGGCCACACAUCCCCAUCUGGGACGUGGAGCGGGCAGGAUGGGUGUCCAGACAUGCUGAUCUCACCUCAAGACAGCCAGCCAGCAUCCUGGUCAUGGAGGACUGCAGUGUGCACUCGGCUGCCAGCAUCCUGGCCUCGGUGAAGGAGCAGGAGGCGCGCUUCGAGCGGCUGACUCGGGCGCUGGAGCAGGAGCGGCGCCAUGUGGCCCUGCAGCUGGAGCGCACCCAGCAGCCUGGCGUGGGCAGUGGUGGCAUGGGCAGUGGGCAGCCCCUGCCGAUGGCCUGGCAACAGCUUGUCCUACAGGAGCAGAGCCCGGGCAGCCAGGCCUCGCUGGCCACCAUGCCAGAGGCGCCCGAGGUGCUGGAGGAGACAGUGACGGUAGAGGAGGAUCCUGGCACCCCUACCUCCCACGUGUCCAUCGUCACGUCAGAGGACGGCACCACCCGUCGCACUGAGACCAAGGUCACCAAGACGGUCAAGACGGUGACCACACGAACAGUGCGCCAGGUACCUGUGGGCCCAGAUGGCCUCCCCUUGCUGGAUGGCGGCCCGCCGCUGGGCCCCUUCACCGACGGCCCCCUGGACCGGCACUUCCUGCUGCGUGGGGGCGGCCCUUCUGCCACGCUCUCCCGUGCCUGCAUCAGCAGUGGGGGCGGCUUUCCCGAUGAGCCCCGUGAUGUCCCCAGUUACGGCAGCCUGUCCCGUGGGCUGGGCGUGCGGCCCCCCCGUGGAGGCCUCCAUGGCCCAGGUCCCAGCGAUGGCUGCUUCACGCUGCCUGGCCGCCGGGAGGCCUUCCCUGCAGGCCCUGAGCCUGUGCCGCCCGCCGGCCGCUCCCAGCCUGAGCGGUUCCAGGCAGAGCCGUAUGGCUUGGAGGACGACACUCGCAGCCUGGCUCCUGAGGAUGAGGGUGGCCCGGAGCUGGAGCCUGACUACAGCACAGCCACAAGGAGAAGGCCGGACUGUGGGCGAGGCCUUCGGACCAGGGCCUACGAGGACGUGGUGGAUGAUGGUGGAGAGAUGAUGGAGGAGCGGCCCCCAUUCCCGGCCACAACGGCGCCCCUGGCCCAGCCCGAACGCGGCAGCCUGGGCAGCCUGGACCGGGCGGUGCGGCGCUCGCCCUCAGUGGACAGUGCCCGCAAGGAGCCACGCUGGCGGGACCCUGAGCUGCCUGAGGUGCUGGCCAUGCUGCGGCACCCUGUGGACCCCGUGAAGGCCAACGCAGCCGCCUAUCUGCAGCACCUAUGCUUUGAGAACGAGGGCAUCAAGCGUCGCGUGCGGCAGCUGCGGGGGCUGCCGCUGCUCGUGGCUCUGCUGGACCACCCGCGGGCAGAGGUGCGGCGCCGGGCCUGCGGGGCCCUGCGGAACCUCUCGUACGGCCGGGACUCCGACAACAAGGCCGCCAUCCGGGACUGUGGCGGCGUGCCCGCCCUAGUGCGCCUGCUGCGGGCUGCCCGGGACAGCGAGGUCCGCGAGCUUGUCACAGGCACGCUCUGGAACCUGUCAUCCUACGAGCCCCUGAAGAUGGUCAUCAUUGACCAUGGCCUGCAGACGCUGACCCACGAGGUCAUUGUGCCUCACUCGGGCUGGGAGCCAGAGCCCAACGAGGACUCCAAGCCGCGGGACGCCGAGUGGACAACUGUCUUCAAGAACACAUCGGGCUGCUUAAGGAAUGUGAGCUCAGAUGGCGCAGAGGCCCGGCGGCGACUCCGUGAGUGUGAGGGGCUGGUGGACGCGCUCCUGCAUGCCCUGCAGUCGGCCGUGGGCAGGAAGGACACGGACAACAAGUCGGUGGAGAACUGCGUGUGCAUCGUGCGGAACCUGAGCUACCACGUGCACAAGGAGGUGCCUGGCGCCGACAGGUACCAGGAGGCUGAGCCCGGGCCCCCGGGCAGUGCUAUGGGCUCCCAGCGCCGGAGGAGGGAUGACGCCGGCUGCUUCGGUGGCAAGAAGGCCAAAGGGUCCACCUCACCUCCCACUGCAUCUGUUCCAGGGAAGAAGGACGGUGAGAUGGACCAGAACUUUGACACUCUGGACCUGCCCAAGCGAACUGAGGCUGCCAGAGGCUUUGAGCUGCUGUACCAGCCCGAGGUGGUACGUCUCUACCUGUCCCUCCUGACGGAGAGCCGGAACUUCAACACCCUGGAGGCUGCGGCUGGUGCCUUGCAGAACCUCAGCGCCGGCAACUGGGUGUGGGCCACGUAUAUCCGCGCCACGGUGCGCAAGGAGCGCGGGUUGCCGGUGCUGGUGGAGCUGCUGCAGUCGGAGACGGACAAGGUGGUGCGCGCCGUCGCCAUUGCCCUGCGCAACCUCUCACUGGACCGGCGCAACAAGGACCUCAUCGGGAGCUACGCCAUGGCCGAGCUGGUACGAAACGUGCGCAGCGCGCAGGCACCCACACAUCCCGGGGCCCGCCUGGAGGAGGAUACCGUGGUGGCCGUGCUCAACACCAUCCAUGAGAUCGUGUCCGACAGCCUGGACAAUGCGCGCUCACUGCUGCAGGCCCGUGGCAUACCCGCGCUUGUGGCCCUGGGCGCCACCAGCCAAUCAGUGCGCGAGGCGAAGGCUGCGUCCCACGUGCUGCAGACAGUGUGGAGUUACAAGGAACUUCGUGGCGCCCUGCAGAGGGAUGGCUGGACCAAGGCGCGCUUCCAGUCGGCUGCUGCUAAUACCAAGGGGCCCAAGGCAGCACCGAGCCCCGGUGGCUUUGACGACAGCACACUGCCGCUGGUGGACAAGAGCCUGGACAAUGAGAAGCCAGGCAGCCGGGACAUGAUCCCCAUGGAGGCACUUGGGCCAGACGGAUACUCCACUGUUGACCGGAGGGAGCGGAGGGCGCGAGGCAGUGACCCUGCAGGGGAGGCCUCUGAGAAGGAACCAUUAAAACCCGACCCCAGCAGGAAGGCUCCUCCUCCUGGGCCCAGCAGGCCCACAGUCAGGCUGGUGGACGCCGUGGGGGAUGCUAAGCCUCAGCCUGUUGACUCCUGGGUCUAGCUUGCAUGCCUGGGCCUGGGCCCAGCUGGUCAUUCUUAGGAUUUGACCUCGGAAGAAGGGCCGUUGGGGCCCCGCUGUGGAGCUGGGAGCCCCCUGGCGGCAACUGGCGGCAACUGGCGGCAGGGCCACUCCUCCCGGAGCCUGACAUUCUGGACGCGCCUCCCUUCCUGCCUGGCUCCCUCCCUCCUAACUCUUCGGAGUUAGUUUACUGACAUGGUGCUGUGUGUGCGUGAGACAGGCUGGCAGGGCGCCCUGCUUUGCUUUGGGGCUGACAGGGCUGGCAGAGCCGGAGUGUAUGCACCACUGUGCGCGGGGCACCGAGGAGCAGGGCGGGCCCUGGAGCCCUGCAGCUGAGCGGGGAGGGGGCUCAGGGAACGGACUUUGACCCUGAGCCUGGAGGGUGGAGGGGCUGGCUGCUCUGGGGGCGGCACGCACAGCCUGACCCUGCCUGCCCUCGGAUGCGUGGAGCCCCAUGGCAGGGCCUCCCUGUGCACCUCUGACCCAGGGCCACAGUGCCCUGUCCUGUCGCCAAGCCCUGAGUAGCACCUUGGGGACUGACCUUUGCCAGCAGCAAGGGACUGCUGUUCAGUGCCUGCUGUUUGAGACUUUAAAACAGCAGAACACUGACAAAAAGCAUAAAAAACAGAACCAAAAUGAGACUGUAUUGGUAAACAUCUAAAUUUUUGUAAGAAAAGUUAAAAAUUAAAAAAAGCAACAAA